UUGCUAUGCCAUUGGUGUGUUUGUCUUCAUGGCUGGACACACAAGAAUUGCUUUACAGUGGUUACAAACAGCGAAAGAGAAGGCAAACAACUUGGACUAUAAAAAAGAAACAAGAAUUUCAGCAGACCUGAAUUACUUAAUAAAAGAAAUAGAAAGACGAGAUCAAACAGACAGAUCACAAACAAAGACGCAAAUAUUGUAUAGUAACAUGUGUUUGAAACGAGAUAUACGCUAUGAUGGAGUUUGUAAAUAUAUAGGAAUUACAGAAUUAUUGUUUUACAAGCAACCGAUCAAAGUGGAGUAUAUCAAUAAAUCUCCAAUGAUAUUGAUCGUCCAUGAUAUCAUCAGUCAGAAACUGAUCAAGAAGCUGACUGGAUUUACAAAUCAGUUAAAAAGAUCGACAGUUAAAAAUGUAGCAGCGGUUUCGGAAAAGGAUAAGAAUGUUCAUUCGGAAAACAGAAUUAGCUCGACAUACCACUUUAAAAACGACACAACAGAUCCUGAUGUCAUCAAGCUGAAUGAUCGUCUUGAACGUUUGACUGGACUGAGAACAAAUCCACAUCAAGCUGAUCACCUGCAGGUUGUAAAUUAUGGUAUCGGAGGAGAAUUUCAAACACAUUUUGAUUGGAUGAAUGAUAGAAAAUCCGUGGAGAAAUUGUUUUACACUGGCACAAACAGGAUACUGACAAUAAUAAUUUACUUGAGUGACGUAAAGGUUGGCGGUUCCACAGUUUUCCCAGAAUUAGGCCUUGCUGUGUCGCCUGUAAAGGGUUCGGCAUUAAUUUUUACAAACUUGGGCAAAGAUGGAAACGGUGACCUAUCGACAUUACAUGCAGGAUGUCCAGUAUUUUUUGGAUCGAAAUGGAUCGCAAAUAAAUGGAUACAUACAAAAGACCAGGACAUGAAUUUUCUGAAGACCAUUCCCUCGAUUUGGGAGCAUUUCUAG